AUUGGAAAGAACGUUUCAGUGAAAGACUAUAAUACUUUUCUUGACCGCAACGAAUCAAGCGGAUACAAAUUUCAUUGGGAUAGCGGAAAUGUUUACAUCAUUGAUAUGGCCAACCUAGAUCAUGAAGCUGUUGUAUCAUUACUUUUUAAAUGUUUUGAUAGACCAAACAAUGGUGUAAUACGUGGUCCGAUAAGGGUUGCAGGCCAACCAUUUCAUUAUGAUCCAACUACUAUCGGGAAAAAAACAGCAUCAGACAUUACAAUCUAUCCAAAUGUGGCACAUGUUCCGAAACCUACUCUUCAGCAUCCUGGGCCUCCCCCCAGUGACGUAAAAGGACAUCCUCAUGGGAGAAUAUUCUGUGAAGUAGCCUCAGCUCAAAUCACCACUCUUUGGAAUGAAAAAAGCACGAAUUGGAUGCAUGAACAAUAUGUGCGUUGCGUAUUUGGCAUUAAACUUCAUAGAAUAAGAGCUGUAAAUAGACUAGUUCAUCGGUCAAUGACGGCCAGGCUGUGGACGCGUCAAACACCAGCACCACCAGGCAGCACACCAGUAGCAGGACUAACAGGAGUAUCUGUCCAAGAAUGGGACUUCGGUACUCUACAAUGUAAUAGUAAUGACCCUACGGGUUGCACAGGUCCGAACAUUCCUGCCUACCAAGUCAAUAUCCCAGUGUCAGAUGUUUUCUGGGACCCACCAAUUGUUGCAGGAACUCCAAAUGUUAUUGGGUAUACCGUAGCAGUCCCUCCCUCAAUCACCGCCAAUAAUUUCGUUAUUGAUUUAUAUGAUAUUCAACAAGAAGUUUUAGAAACACAGUAA